CGCAUCGUCUGAAAACAUACACCCAAGGAUGCCUAUAGCAGGAGUUGGAUCCAUAGACAUUGCAUCCUCGGUCUUAUCAGAUGGAAGAUCGAGGGGACCCACCUUGACAAUGGGAAUCCAUCAUUUCAUCCAGGUCGCAACAGCCACAGUGUUGGCCGGUGGAGGCUCUCCAACCGCAGGUACUGUAGAUAUGGAACCACGAGGCAGUGACAUUCCUAUAGCGGCCAUUGCUGGAGGUACAGCUGGCGGGGUGCUUUUGGCGAUUACCGCAGUCAUAGCCUGGAAGUGGUGGGGAAGCUGUAUCAAACAUGACCAGGAGAAAAAACAAAAGGAAGCACAUGCUGUCCUUGCGGUCCGAGCGAACACGCGCCGCAAUGCAUCAUCCGCCUUCUCGACUACUCACACGCAGUAUCAACCGGCACUGGCGAUGGAUGCGGGUGGUCGAAAGGUCAAGUUUGCUGCUCCUUCAUCCCACGCGCAGAAGAAGUCACGCAGGAUAGGGGUUCAGGAUGGGCAAAACGGGAAUGCGGCUGAUCCUACUCGCCCAUCUUUUUCGAAGCCGCACCGUCGUGUUUUGGAGAAAACACCCUACGUACCGUCCCCAAGGUCACCCAUAGUCCAGAGAGCUGUCGCUCCGACUGCCGGCCAUGUGUCAGCCGCAUGGCCCUCGCACACAGCUCCUAUCACAUCUGCAGGAGAGGCUUCGCAGAGAAGACCUCUACAUCCCACACCUAUACCUAGCACGGUAGUGAUGCCUAAAAAAGCCGCAGAGUUCAGUCCGAACCUAGAACAACCCACCCUUCUGCACAAGGACUCGAUGACCAGCUCUGACUCAUGGUAUUCGGCCCAGAGCUUCGACUCGUGGUAUUCUAUGCAGAGUGGAGAAGAGCAUAGGCCUGCACCUUCUCGCCGCCUGUUAAACUGGUUGGAUCCCAUGAACAGGCUGUCCAUUUUAACUCGCAGUUCGGGCUCCAUGUAUUCGACAACCGAUUAG